AAUGUCAACUCAAAAAUGUGAACAACCGUCGGAGUUACGAGAAAUGGUAGAAGCUAGUCAACAGGAUAUGAAAACUAUGAAGGAAAAUUUGGAUAGGUUGAAAAACCUUAGCGAAUCGGAGAAAGGAGACAGCGCAAUUUUAAGAUCAAGAAUAGAGGAACAAUCACAGCUUAUAAUGAUCUUAAAGAAAAGAUCUGAUGAAGAUUGCAUUAGAGCUAAAACUCUCGAAAAGAUGGUUGAUGAGUUGACAGAGUUUCGCGAAGGUGCUAAUGAGGAUUUGCAAAGGGAAAUAAACAAAUAUAAUAUGCUGGAUGCAAGAUUUAACGAUUUAGCUUACAAUCAUCAAGAAUUGAUAAAAUUUAAAGAUGAAUAUAAAAGGCAAAAUAAUGAAUUGCGCAAAGAUAAUGAAAGACUGAAAGAAGAGAAUGCUAAACUCUUUAGCUCUGCCUUAAGUGAGAAAGAUAAGAAAAUAAGGGAACUCUCGGCCGAAAUUGAUACUUUACAAGAUAAACUAGCCUCAAUGGACUAUCAUUUUCAGAAAAUAAAUAAGGAACUAAAGGAAACGACUCAGGUUUACGAGAAAGAAACCCAUAGCCUGAAAACAGAAAAUAAUGAUCUUAGAGACAAACUCUCUAAGGAAGAGAGUUUUCGAAAAGAAUUAGAAAGGAAAUUAAAAGCUGCUCAAGAACAAUCAAAGUUAAGCGGAAGUGCUGUGAAAGCCUCUAUAGAGCAGCUUGAAAAAGAGAAAGAAGAGCUAAUGGCUUUGGCUAUGCAAAGGGGUCGCCUAGUUCAAGAUAAAGUUGAAGAAAUAAAGCGUCUACAACAUCAAAUUGUCGAAAUGGAAAAGAAAGUAAAAGCUUCUAAAGAUAAAUUCGAGAGAGAAGCCGCAUCAGUCAACGCAAAUAUACAAGUCAUUAAACUACGUGAUGAGCUAUGUAGAGCAGAAGAAACACACAAAGAUUUGGAAAGAAACUUCAAUGCCUUUAAGGAGCAUUCUAAGAAAAUGUUGGACAAUGAGAAAGAGAUUAAUGCAAAAUUGAGAAUGUUGCUUUCUUAA